AUGGCCGACAGCGGUGCUACAGAAGAUGCCCCCAUCACCUUUACCGUCAAAUCUUCAACUGAUGCCAAGUUCACUUUCACCCUUCCUCUUUCUACUCCUGUCUCGGAGUUGAAGCAGAAGCUCUCAAGCUCCGAGUAUGCAGAUACUCCAGCUGAACGCCAGCGCCUGAUUUACUCCGGUCGAGUGCUGAAGGAUAAUGAAUCUCUGGACUCAUACAAGAUCAAAGACGGGCAUACCAUCCACUUAGUGAAGAGCGCUGCAAGCAACCAACAACGAUCCAAUACAUCCGGCCAGUCUACCUCGACGGCAACCCCUGCUGCCGCUGCCCCGAGUCAGCCUGCAGCAGGUGUCCCCACCAAUCUUGCUGCAGGAACUGGCAAUAACCCUCUAGCCGGAUUGACUGGGGCUCGAUACGCUGGAUUCGCCCAGCUACCGGGUGCGGGACUCUUUGGCCCUGAUGGUGGGAUGGGUCCACCUCCCGAUAGCGAUACCAUGUUGAACAUGCUCGAAAACCCUCAAUUCCAAUCGAGCAUUAACGAGGCCCUUCAGAAUCCCCAGGUAAUUGACAUGAUGAUCCAGCAAAACCCCAUGCUGCGGGAUAUGGGACCUGGAGUGCGACAGAUGAUGCAGAGCCCAGAAUUCCGCCGCAUGUUGACUGAUCCCAACUCCAUCCGCUCUAUGAUGCAAAUGCAGCGAUCAAUGGGUAUGGGAGGAGGAGGUGCGGGUGGUGAAGGUGCCUUCCCAGCUCCUGGUGUGACCAACACGACUGAGGGAAAUCAGAACGCCCCACAACAAGAUACCCCACCCAAUCCAUUUCAAAUGGGUCAAAUGGGUCAGUUUGGGCAGCUACCUCAAAUGGGCACCGGAAAUCCAUUUGCUAGCCUCUUUGGGGCCAAUCCUGGAGCCAAUCCUUUUGCUCCUCCAACCCAACCGGCUGCUACAGGAACGGCUGGUCAGACUGAGGGUACUGAGAGCACACAAAACACCACCAGUCAACCUACUACCGGGGAAGCACAGAACCCAUUUGCGGCGUUGCUAAACCCGUCUAUGUUCGGUGGUGCAGGUCAGGCGGGUGCAGGCAUGGGUGGCAACGUUAAUCCAUUCAAUCCUCAACAAAAUCCGUUCCUGCGCGAUCCUGCUCUCAUGACUCAAAUGAUGCAGGCGAUGGGUGGCCAAGAGGGCGCUGCCGGCGCAUUGCCAUCGUUGUUCGGAGGUGGUGGUUUUGGCACCCCACCUCCCGCGGACAAUCGGCCUCCCGAGGAGCGAUAUGCGGACCAGCUUCGCCAACUGAAUGACAUGGGAUUCUUUGAAUUUGAGCGAAACAUUGAAGCCUUGCGACGAACUGGUGGUAGUGUGCAAGGAGCCGUGGAAUACCUCUUAAGCUACCCCUCAUAG